UGACGACUUCUCUCUCUUUUCUGGCAUUUGUCUAACCGUUUGGUUCAUUGCCUGUCAUUACUGUUGUAUUAAAACUGAUUGUCCACUAAAUCAACGACAAAAUGGUGAACUUCACGGUCGACGAGAUCCGUGUGAUGAUGAACAAGAAGCGGAAUAUCCGCAAUAUGUCUGUCAUCGCACACGUAGAUCACGGAAAGUCAACUUUGACAGACUCUUUGGUAUCAAAGGCCGGUAUCAUUGCCGCCUCUAAGGCCGGCGAAAUGCGAUUCACUGACACCCGAAAGGACGAACAGGAAAGAUGUAUUACAAUUAAGUCGACCGCCAUUUCGAUGUUCUUCGAAAUGAGAGAACAGGACAUGACUUUCAUCAAAGCUGGCGAUCAGAAGGAGUCGGGAGAAGAAAAAGGUUUCUUAAUUAAUUUGAUCGACAGUCCCGGUCACGUGGACUUUAGCUCUGAAGUAACAGCAGCUUUGCGCGUCACUGACGGUGCACUCGUUGUAGUUGAUUGUGUGUCAGGUGUCUGUGUUCAGACUGAGACUGUCUUACGUCAGGCCAUUGCUGAGAGAAUAAAACCGGUAGUCUUUAUGAAUAAAAUGGAUUUAGCAAUGCUUACACUUCAACUGGAAAAAGAGGAUCUUUACCAGAAGUUUGCUCGUAUUGUUGAAACUGUUAACGUAAUUAUCGCCACUUAUGCCGACGAAUCGGGUCCUAUGGGUGACAUUAAGGUCGACCCAUCAAAAGGUAGCGUUGGUUUUGGAUCAGGACUUCAUGGAUGGGCUUUUACUUUGAAACAGUUCUCUGAGAUGUACGCCGAAAAGUUUAAGAUCGACACCGAAAAGCUAAUGAACAGACUGUGGGGCGAAAACUUUUAUAACCCAAAGACUCGCAAAUGGUCUAAGAAGUAUGAGGACGGAUAUGUUAGAUCCUUCUGUAUGUUUGUAUUGGAGCCCAUCUUCAGAGUGUUCGAUAAUAUCAUGAACUUCAAGAAGGAUGAGAUUCCAAAGUUGUUGGAGAAAAUCAAUGUCACUCUUAAGGGAGACGAUAAAGACAAAGAAGGCAAAGACUUGUUAAAGGUUGUGAUGCGAACUUGGCUUCCGGCCGGUGACUCAUUGCUUCAGAUGAUAGCCAUUCAUUUGCCGUCACCGAUCACCGCACAGAAGUAUAGAAUGGAAAUGCUUUAUGAAGGACCACAUGACGAUGAAGCAGCUGUUGCUAUUAAGACCUGCAAUCCUGAAGGACCUCUUAUGAUGUACAUCUCGAAAAUGGUUCCGACCUCUGAUAAGGGAAGAUUCUAUGCUUUUGGUCGUGUCUUCUCUGGUAUUGUCUCAUCCGGACAGAAGGUGCGAAUUAUGGGACCCAACUAUGUUCCCGGAAAGAAGGAGGAUUUGGUUGAGAAAGCCAUUCAACGCACAGUUCUUAUGAUGGGUCGUAACGUAGAGUCUAUUGAGGACGUGCCCUGUGGUAACAUUUGUGGAUUGGUCGGUGUGGAUCAGUUUCUUGUUAAGACAGGAACUCUGUCGACAUUCAAAGACGCUCAUAACAUGAAAGUUAUGAAGUUUUCAGUGAGUCCUGUUGUGCGCGUAGCGGUUGAGCCUAAAAAUCCGGCAGAUUUGCCAAAAUUGGUCGAAGGAAUGAAACGAUUGGCUAAAUCUGAUCCUAUGGUUCAAUGUUUUAAUGAAGAGUCUGGAGAGCAUAUUGUUGCCGGUGCUGGAGAAUUGCAUUUGGAAAUCUGUCUUAAAGAUUUGGAAGAAGAUCACGCACAGAUCCCCAUUAAGACAUCAGACCCUGUGGUUACAUACAGAGAAACAGUAUCAGAAGAAUCCAAUAUUAUGUGUCUAUCAAAAUCUCCAAACAAACACAAUCGUCUUUACAUGAAAGCCGUGCCAAUGCCUGAUGGUCUUCCUGAAGACAUUGAUGAUGGAAAAGUUAAUCCAAAGGAUGAAUUUAAGGCCAGAGCUCGUUAUUUGGCCGAGAAAUAUGAAUGGGACGCAACUGAAGCCCGAAAAAUCUGGGCCUUUGGACCCGAAGGAACCGGUCCUAAUCUAUUAUGUGAUGUUACUAAAGGAGUCCAAUAUCUAAACGAAAUCAAGGAUAGUGUUGUCGCUGGAUUCCAAUGGGCCACCAAAGAGAGUGUAUUGUGCGAAGAGAAUAUGAGAGGCGUCCGAUUCAAUCUUCACGAUGUGACACUUCAUGCCGAUGCCAUUCAUCGCGGCGGCGGACAAAUUAUCCCAACAGCUCGUCGUUGCUUUUAUGCUUGUAUUUUGACAGCUGCUCCACGACUUCUUGAGCCCGUCUAUAACGUUGAGAUUCAAUGUCCUGAAUCGGCUGUCGGUGGCAUUUACGGUGUAUUAAACAGAAGAAGAGGACAUGUUGUCGAAGAGAAUCAAGUGACUGGAACUCCUAUGUUUCAGGUCAAGGCUUAUCUUCCCGUCAAUGAAUCAUUCGGAUUCACUGCUGAUUUACGAUCCAAUACGGGUGGACAGGCCUUCCCGCAGUGCGUGUUUGAUCACUGGCAGAUUCUACCCGGAGAUCCAACCGACGGCAAGUCCCGCCCGUGGCAGGUCGUGAUGGACACCCGAAAACGUAAAGGUCUUAAGGAUUCACUUCCAGACUUAGACUCAUAUAUGGAUAAACUUUAAGAACAAUUUCUUAUAAGAUCAGUCUAUCGACAAUUGUUUUAUCAAAUUAUUACAAUAAAUACUUUUGAUUAUAAAUUGAUUUAAUAUUUUAAAUACUGAAUCCAUUACCUAAAUUCAAAUUAAAAUCCCAUUAACCUAUUAAAAUAGGA